GCAGCUGGCGGGCGGAGCUGCUCCAGAGUGCCGCUGUCAAUACUUGCCUAAAGCCGUCACCCGUGCUCCAGUGGCUCUCUGAGAUGUAGAGUAAAAUACACAGAGCAGGACAAGGUCUUCUCUGAACGGAACGGGCCAGCUGCCGCGGUGAGCAAACGAACGUAAAGGACGGCGUUGUCCCGCUAGGUGAAAGUGGCGCUAUUUUUGUGCAGCGCAUUGCUCACACCUGUAAUCCUUCCGAUCAUGUAGCCGUUCUACGGGCAAAGAACUCGAGCGUCAAGAGCACCCAGGUGAAGCAACAUGGGAGGGAAUCUGGGCUGCCACCGCUCCAUCCCUAAGGACCCGACAGAUCUUUGCAACAGCAAACGCAAGUUCAGCACGGCAUGCAACUUCAGUAACAUUCUUGUGAACCAGGAGCGCCUGAACAUUAACACUGCUACGGAGGAGGAGCUGAUGACCCUCCCCGGGGUGAACCGCAUGGUGGCUCAAAAUAUAGUGGAGUAUCGAGAAUGCAUCGGCGGCUUCAAGAAAGUGGAGGACCUGGCCCUGGUAAGCGGAGUGGGCGCUACUAAGCUGGAGCAGAUUAAGCUGGAGAUUUGCGUGAGCAACAGGACGGGCUCCUCCACGCAGCAAUCUCCCAGCUCGGUGCGCCGAGAGCAGAGCCCCGAGCAGCUGGCAAGUGGCAGGAUCAACAUCAACACGGCCACAGCAGCCCAGCUCAUGAGCAUCCGGGGGGUCACCGAUAAAAUCGCCAAGAGCAUAGUGGACUACCGUCGGGAGAACGGGCCCUUUAGGAGUAUCGAGGACAUGGUUAAGGUGCCCUGCGUCAACUCCUCAUUUCUGGAUAAAAUCCGCUUGCAGAUCUUUGCCGAGCGCUCACGAGCGCCGUCCACUAACACAAAUGUUGGGGCGCUGCCCCUUAGCGGCAGGUCGCACCCGAGCCCCACCUCUGUUAGCUUGCACAGCGAGGACUUGGACUUUCCCCCAGGAGGGCCGAUUCAGAUCAUAUCGGUGAGACCCAGUGUGGAGGUCUUCUCGGGACUCAGGGACGGCAGGUGCGUGCUGCGCCUGGCCACUUGGAACCUGCAGAGCUGUUCCACCGAGAAGGCGAACAACCCGGGAGUACGGGAGGUGAUCUGCAUGAGCCUUCUGGAAAAUGGGAUCAAGCUUUUGGCAGUUCAAGAGCUGACUGACAGAGACGCUUUGGAAAAGUAUUUCUUCCUCACUAGAGAGAAAGACCGAACAAGGCUGCAUCGACAGGGCCAUUCCAUAGAAAGUACAGGUCACUGGGAUGUCGUAAGGGAAGGCCUUACUAAUCCAUGGAUCCCAGACAACUGGUCCUGGGGUGGAGUAGCUUCAGACCACUGUCCCGUUUUUGCUGAAUUUUAUAUCAACCCAGUAAAGAAGGAGACUGUUCCUAAUGGAAAUGGGGUGACCGUUAUGGAGCACACAGAAGCAAACCCCAAACAUGAACGGUGACAGAGGCCCACGUGAUGUCCCAGACAACGUAAAAUGGAUGUUUCUUAUGCCACUGAAGAGGAGAGCACCAAAUUUGCCUUCACGCUCAUGUCAAAGUGUCACCAUAGGACUGAGUAAAAGACAGAAUGAAUCUUUGUGUUGACCAAUUUGGAAAAUCAAAAGAGUGUUUAAAGAGUCGCACUAGCAGCAAACAUUUCUGUGGAUCUUUGGAAUUUGCCAAAAACUGUUUCAACUUCAGUGGAACAAAGCAUUCUGUUCUGGGAAUUCACUUGUGACAUGUUGUCAUCAGGCCUUCGUGGAAGCUAACACAUUUGACCUUCGACAUGUUUGGGGCUUUCCAUCGCCUCGCUGUCAAAGGACAGAAAGUCAGCCUGGUUUUAGGAUAGCGUCCUUGUUUUUUCAAGUCUCACGCCGUGACGACCUGGACCCUCACAGUCACUUGAAUUGCUUUUCUGUCUAAUGAUAUUUAUGGUGGGUGUUCUGAAGUUCACACAGUCAACGCUAAUCCUCCUCAACUACACUUACUGCUAAUUGGAGGGACCUUCCUUUGUGUUAAUCCUCCCUUUUGAGUUGUGCGUUUGUCUUUCCUUUACCACAUAAUGAAUAAGCAAAGUGUAUGCCAGAGGGAUCCUGUGCAGCUCCGAAUGCAGUAAGCCCCACCUGAAGGAGUCUUCAACACUCUGGCAGUUUCAGUGACGCAAGCUGGUCAGGGUCUAUCAGAGCAGAACCCCUCCUGUGUUACCUGAGAUUCACUUGUUCAAUUUUUAAAAUCGAGAUCAUGGAAAGAAUCGUUAGUUGGAAUUUAUUCAGAUACAUCGCUCACGUGGAUGUCCUAAUCCACCUUGCAGUGAAACAUGCACCAUUGUACGGCUGGGGAAGACAUCCUGGUCUACCAAAAUUGAUAAAAAAAAUAGGGCGGGGAAGUGCCCUGGCUUUUCUAGAUGGCAGAAAAAAAAAAAUAGAAAGAUUUCAUAAGCGAUCCAGCAAGAUGGUAAGGGGUAGAGUACGUCUGGAAGAAAGUGCUAGGCCGAGGGGCAGAGUGUCAGAGAGCUCGAGCAAGCAGAACAGAAUCGACAUCGAUGGCAGGUGGUUAGAGGCCAUCUUCACAUCCUCUGUGCCAGUAAUGAAACGAUUCGGUAGGUGAGGGUAACUUUAUUAUCCUGGCCUUUUCUGUUUAAGGAGGGUUAACGGAAAUUUGCUAAAGUGAAGGAAAAGAAAUCCAACUAAGAGUCAAGAAGUUGACCUGUCUGUCUGUCUGUCUGUCUGUCCGUCCGUCCGACGCCCACGGCUGAUCACAGUGAAUCCGCUAGGACGCCCCUAUAACACUUCAGUUAUAGCCGUCAGAAUCGCGAAAACGACAUUUUAGAAAGUUCUGGAUGUAAAUGAAAAUUAUGGAUGACCACUCAGAUUUUUGAUCAUGAACAGAUAAAAAAAAACUCAGUUUUAUUAUUUAAGCAAAUUGUAAUAUCAGAUGAUGAGUUAGGGUUAGGGUUUUUUAAUUUAUUGUCCUUCUUGUAAUUAUUAUAAAGCCCAGUGAAGUGAAUGCUUCAGGAUUAAAAAUGGCAGCAUCUUCCAUAAAGAAUUUUCAUUUUGAACUCCCGUAUUUUGCAUAUCAAUUUGAAAAAAACUGUGGAGUUUCAAAGAAUUUGAAUAAAUUAUAUUCAAAGUAAUAUUUCUAAAAUAUAAUUAUAUUCAGAACAAAUUUGAGAUUGCUGGAUUUAGGGUAAGUGAAGCUCUGUAACGGACCCUUACAUCUUUUUUUUUACAUUCUUAUUUUAAACUCAUUUGCUGAAAAAGCCCCGGAAAACGUUUGUUUGAAUUUGGCUGGUUUGACUUGUCAUAAAUCUGUACAAUCAAAAUCUCAAAAUGAUUUUCAUUCUACAAACUUGUUUUGGCCCAGAAGCACACAGCCAUGAAGUUUGAGGUGCCCGCUGUCACCCCACGCAGCCGUGCCACCGAAAGUGCUCGCUUGCCAGGACGGAGGGGCUUUGCUGUGGCACCGGCCGGGUGGGGUUUGCAUCCUCUCCCUUUGUUCAUGUGACUCAGUGCUGCUGUCUAUCAGAGUGUGUUGUGAUGGCCUGGCAGGCGGCCCCCCAGUUUGGUCUUGUCUUGUGCUGCCGUAGGCUUUGGCUGCUCAAUUUGAGCACUUUGAGGAGUGAGAAAGGCGCUAUAUAAAUGUAAACAAUUAUUAUUUUUAUUGAGAUCCUGACCAGUGAAACACAAAUUCAUCAGGCAAUGGAUGGAUGACCUUGUGUCUUUGUCCUCCGUUGUCCUGUUAGACGUCUGGGAUUCCACGACUUACUCACUCGCUGCCCUCACUUCUGCUUUGUCCGAGUCUCCUUGUGACACAGCCUCACCCUUGUUUUGCACACGCUAUGCACCCUCAACAUUUGUUCAUUGGGUUAAUGAUCAGUUUGCCUUUCCCAGUGUCACCGAGCCCCUAAAAUGGAAAAUUACGGAAUGGAACCCAGCCAAAUAAACCUUUAAAGGGAAGGUCCGUUUGAAUUAUUUUUUUGUUUCUGUUUGUUUUGCUAUUUGCACUUGAAUGCACUUUGUUAAACGUGUUUCACCUUCGAUGCCCCAAUAUGCACUGUGAUAUCUGAAGACGACCAUCACGUCACCCAAAAUGAUCCGCGAUGGCUUUGAGAAUCCUGAAACUGGACACUUUUGAAGUGCAAUAUCGUAUGAAGGUAAACUGGCAUGGAGUCUUGAGACUGGCAGAGGUGCACUGUGAACUCCACUAGCGGAGGGUGAAUACUCGGUUGGCAAAAGGCAAAGCUUCGCUGGAGAAAUGAACGGCACGUUAGCAUUGAAGAACUGGGGGGGCCACCGCAGCCCCAUGAACAAUGGACGGUCACUGUCUGGUGUCGUGCCCGAGGCGCUGCCCACCAAGGAGUCAAGUGCCUACUGCCCUCUAAGCUUGUGAUUUCAUUCAGACGUUAACUCAUUUCUUAAGAUGUUCUUUUAAUUCAAUAUUUAAUGCGUCUUUUCAUUUGGAAUGUCUUGUUCUUCCUUGCAAUAUGGUACUAUAUUUUCAGUUACUAGUGAACUGUACAGAGAUUUCAAAUAAAAUUUUACAGAUUCUAAAGAGA